GCCUAUUUAUUGCGGCCUCUUCUUCCUCCUCUCCUCGCCUCGCCUCGCUCUUCCACUGUUCAUCUGCGCCACGACACGACACGACACGACACGAGACGAGAGAGGAGUCGGCAAUGGCGGAGGGGUCGCGGUCGCCGCUGAGGUCGUUCGUGGAGGUGGCGCCGGGGUCGCACUUCCCCAUCCAGAACCUCCCCUUCGGGGUCUUCCGCCGCAGGGGCUCGCCGGAGCCGGAGCCGCCGCGCCCGGCCGUCGCCAUCGGGGACUUCGCGCUCGACCUCGCCGCCGUCUCCGACGCGGGCCUCUUCCACGGGCCCCUCCUCUCCGCCUCCCCCUGCUUCCGCCAGGAAACGCUCAACAUGUUCCUGGGGAUGGGGCGUCCGGCCUGGAAGGAGGCGCGCGCCACGCUGCAGAAGAUCCUCUCAGCUGAUGAGCCGGUUUUGCGUGACAACGAGGCCUUGAAGAAGAAGUGCCUUGUUCCCAUGAGCGACACAGAGAUGCUUCUGCCAAUCACGGUAGGAGACUACACCGACUUCUUUUGUUCUGUGCACCAUGCAAGGAAUUGUGGGUUCAUCUUCCGUGGGCCACAGACCCCAGUCAACCCAAAUUGGUUUCAGCUUCCAGUAGGUUAUCAUGGUCGUGCAUCCUCUGUGAUUGUAUCUGGAACAGACAUCAUUCGACCCAAAGGGCAAGGCCAUCCAACAGGAGAUUCUCGACCUUAUUUUGGUCCUUCUAAGAAGCUUGAUUUUGAACUUGAGAUGGCAGCCAUUGUUGGACCAGGGAAUGAAUUGGGAAAACCUAUCGAUAUUAAUGAUGCUGAAGAACAUAUCUUUGGCCUAAUGAUAAUGAAUGAUUGGAGUGCCAGAGAUAUCCAAGCUUGGGAAACUAUACCUCUUGGACCUUUCCUUGGGAAAAGUUUCAGUACCACAGUAUCACCCUGGAUCGUUACUAUGGAUGCCCUAAAGCCUUUCACCUGUGAAGCUCCUAAGCAGGAACCUGAACCUUUGCCUUACUUAGCUGAAAAGAACCACGUAAACUACGAUAUUCCUCUUGAGGUCUGGAUUAAGCCCAAGGAGCAAAGUGAACCAUCAAUGGUUGCAAAGAGUAACUUCAAGCAUCUGUAUUGGACUUUAACACAGCAACUAGCACACCACACUGUUAAUGGAUGCAAUCUGAGACCAGGGGAUAUGUUUGCAACUGGCACACUAAGCGGACCUGAGACAGAAUCUUUGGGAUGUUUGCUGGAGCUAACAUGGAAUGGGCAGAAGGAGAUAUCAGUUGGAAACUCGACCCGCAAGUUCCUAGAAGAUGGGGAUGAGGUCAUCUUGACAGCUUGUUGCAAGGGUGAAGGCUACAAUGUCGGAUUCGGAACCUGCACUGGGAAGGUUCUGCCUGCACUUCCAUGAUCCAACAUAUAGAGGAUAGCCUGCUUUCAUCUCAUCAGUGUGUCAAUAAUCUCUGAAGAAAGCAUGCAAUGAGGCAAUGUAUCUAGCUAGUUACAUCUAUAUUUUAGUGCUUAGUGAUGGUAAAAAUACUAAUAAGGUAUGCUUCCCUGAGCUUUACAGAAGGGAUGUAAUUAAUGUUCUCCAGUUACAAUAAGAACUUAUUUGAAGUCGUCAUUGUCUCAGUGAUUUUGGCAUGCAAUGCUGGAUGUGAAAAUCGAUGUAAUGUUGGUCGCA